AUGUCCCGGUUAAUUGUAAAGGGGCUUCCGACGAAUUGUACGGAGCAAUCUCUCCGCAAGCAUUUUGCGAAAUACGGCCAAAUAACUGACUGCACACUCAAAUACACCAAGGAAGGCAAAUUUCGAAAAUUCGCCUUUCUGGGCUUUUCCGAAGACCAGUCAGCCGGUAAAGCCAUUGAUGCGACGAACAAUUCCUUCAUCCAGUCUUCUAAAAUCCAAGUCGAAAAAUGUUUGCCGUUUGGACAUGAGAACAAGCCGCGUGCGUGGAGUCGUUUUUCAAAAGAUAGCAGUGCGUAUAAGCGAGUCCAUGGCGACGAUGAAGUAACUGCCCAAGAAAACGGAGGCAAAAGGAAGAAAAUAGUUGAAGGUUCAGGCGACUUCACAAUUGGGAUUUUUGACCAGGUGGCGCCGACCCAAAAGAAAGGUGCGAAAAAAGCAACCGAAGCUGAAGAUCCCUUACUGAAAGAAUUGCUGGAAGGAAUUGAAGGCGAUACGCGACUGUCCUUAAUUUUCCUUGGCCUGCCUGCCUCGAUCAAACAAAAGAAUAUCAAGGAAUGGCUUGCCCCGGUCCGCGUGAAAGCUAUGAAGAUAGCGCAAAACGAUGACAACGGCGGGGCUUUUGUCUCUUUCAACCGUCCACCGGAUGUUCGUCGUGCGCUGCAGAUGAGUGGGACUUUUCUUGGAGGCUUCAAGGUAACCGUUCGAAGGGUCAAGGAAUCUGAUGAAGAAAAUGAGGAGUCAGCAGAAAAACAGGCCGAAGAUGCAGGAGUCGACGAGGAGGCUAGCAAAAAGGAAGAGGAGAGGACCAGGGACGAGAUUCUCGAGACCGGACGACUUUUUGUCAGGAAUCUGCCGUUUGUAACAACAGAAGAUGAUCUCACCGGCUUGUUUAAAAGAUAUGGAGAAGUCUCUGAAGUGCAGCUUAUCGUCGACAAGAAAACCGGAAAAUGCAAGGGAUUUGGAAUUGUCGAGUUCAUUUUUCCCGAAAACGCCAUGGCCGCCUAUUCGGAGUUGGAUGGUACCAUUUUCAAGGGUCGUAUGCUGCACAUAAUCUCGGGUCAAGAAAAGCGCAUACCUAAGGAAGAAGCCGAAGACAAGGAGGGAGGGGCUAGCUACAAAACCGAGAAGCAAAAGAAAUUAAAGGAUGGAUCAACGAAAGCGACACAUUCUUGGAAUGCGCUUUUCCUCGGACCAAAUGCAAUCGCGGAUACGCUGGCUGAGAAGCUGGGCAAGGAGAAGCGCGAUUUGGCGCUCGCUGAGACCCGGCUUGUCCAGCAGACGCGAGAGUUCUUGCUGGAGAACGGGGUCAAGCUCGACGCAUUCUCCCGGCCAUCCAGCAAACGAUCAACAAAGGUGAUGCUAGUGAAAAAUCUUCCCAUUGGUGUGGAGGCCGAAGAAUUGGAGCGGAUGUUUUCUAGCAAAGGCGACUGUCAAAAGAUUUUACUGCCUGAAUCGAGCGUCACGGCGAUCGUUGUCAUGGGAAAUUCCGUAGAUGCUAAAAAAGCCUUCAAGGCCCUGGCAUAUUCACGCUUCCGGACAAAGCCACUCUUCCUCGAGUGGGCCCCGGGAGAUGUGUUUGGCGAAAAGACAAUUGAAGAAAAGACCGAAGAGGAAGCCGCAGAAGAGCCAACCACCUCCAAAAAGGAGACGAGAAAGCGCGGCGAUGAACUUACGGAAGAGGAUAAGAAAAACCGAAAGAGCAAGAAGCUAAAGAAGCAAGAAGAAGAGAAAGCUAAGGAGGAGAUUAUCGAAUUUAGCGAGUCCGGGAAAGCACAGGACGAAAGUGAACCUGAAACGGAUCCUGUUGAGACCGCGGAGAUCUCGAAAAAAUUGGACGCCAAGGACCCGCUGAAUAAAUUGUCGAUGGGCUUCGGCUUCAUCCAAUUUUACACGAAUGCAGAGGCGGAAAAAGCGGUCAAAGAGUUGCAGGGCGCAAUGCUGAACGGUCACUCGCUGGAGUUGAAAAUUUCUCAUCGUGAAGUCCAGACGGAACAAUCCACGAAGAAGCGGGACUCGGAAAAGGCGAAGCAGGGCAAAUGUACGAAGAUAUUGGUGCGAAAUAUCCCCUUCCAGGCAUCAAUCAAGGAGGUGGAGGAGCUGUUUAAAUCAUUCGGCGAGGUCAAGACUAUUCGCGUGCCAAAGAAGGUCGGUUCUCGAGAUGAGCAUCGUGGAUUCGGUUUCGUUGAUUUUAUGAGCAUUGGCGACGCAAAGAGGGCCUUUGAAUCGCUUGUCCAUUCGACUCACUUGUACGGUCGCCGCCUCGUACUGGAAUGGGCCAAGGCAGAUGAUACUGUGGAGGAGCUGCGGUCGAAGACUUCGAGCAAAUUCAGUGGCAACGUCGCGGCCAAGAAGCGUGUCAAGAAGCGCAUCGACGAUUUGCAAGCCGAUAUUUUCAAAGCCGGGGACGUUGGAGACGAAGAAGGG